AUGGCGAAGGAGCUCGGUCUCAUCGCCAAUCUCAAAUCAUAUCCGCCAGCGGUAUUUUUAAUGCUUGGCAAUGAAUUCUGUGAACGUUUCUCGUUCUAUGGAAUGAAAGCCAUCCUUACCCUGUACUUCAUUUAUGAACACGGAUAUACCGACAGGUAAGG